AUGCCUUGCAUCAGCACUUACCUUCUUCUCGUACACACCUUCAUCACAAGCCUCAUGGCCAACCCACUCCCCAUCACCAACCACAAUUCCUUAACCUCCCUCGUCACCCCACGAUCCUACUUCACCCCCAUCCGCCCCCUCAAAAUAUCCCCCGUCGAAUGCCACAACGAAGCCGACUUCCGCGGCCACGCCGACAUCGAACCCAAGUUCUUCUUCGACGGCGUCUACAAGUUCUGCCAGCAGCGCUACGCCACGAUGCAGACGCUCGACUACACCGACGACCCGACCUACGACAACGGCCACCUCGUCCGCAACGCGAGCUGGCGCUACCGGGACUGGCACGGCGUCAACCACGACUUUAGAGUUUGGUGGGAGGCGGGUUGCAGGGUUUCCGGCGGGAAACAGAGUGUGCAUCGUCCGUUGGGGGAGGAGGGGGGUCCUGAGUGGACGCCGGGGUGUUAUGAGAUCAUGGGCUCUACGCAUUACGAGUGUACAGGAAACGGCGGUGUUGGGGGAAGGAAGAAGGCCGGUUGCCUCAUCUAUGAGUAUAAAGGCGGAAAGGGCGACAAUGACGAUCCAGCGUCUUGA